AUGGCUGCUGGUAAACGACCUCCUAAAUUAAAUAAUAAUGUGCAAGUUAAGAUACCCAAAGAAGCAUUGGUGGGAACCCCAAACGCCAACAAGAUUAUCCAUAGUUUGAAGCUUAAACCAGAAAGGGUUAAUAACAGUGACACUCUAACCAGUCCAAAUAAUCCUAAUCUUUCUAAUAGAAAUCCUAACUGGCGUGAGGUUGGUAACUAUGUGGAUAACAUUACCGGAAAAAAUAGCAGCAUUAACAUAAAUAUCAGUCUGAAAGAAAUCAGUGAUAGCUUAAUACUGAAAAAUAAGAACCCUUUGAGAACCCCUCUAAAAUACAGAAUUUGUAACCACUGUGAACGACCAAUCCUUGACACCUAUCUUGAAAAGCACAUUAAAGAAUGUACUGAAAUGAAAAAAAAUCCUCCGGUAAUUACAAGCUCAAUCAUUAAUGGAAAUAAUACUAAUAAUAAUACAUCCACAGUUAAGGUUGAGAAUAAUCUCGAAAAAUCAUUGACACCAUCUGCAUCAGCUAGUGCCAUCAGCAGUCCUUCAUCUGGUUUGGGAAAUGCUACUGCAAAGAAUCCAAGAAAGAGGAAGUUGGAUAAGGAAAAGGAAAAAGAAGAAGCUAGACAAUUACGUGAACUCAAGAAGCAACAGAAGAUUGAGGAGCGUAAACAGAAAAAGUUGAAGAAAAAAGAAAAGGAAAAAGAGCAGAAGGAGAAGGAGAAGGAAACUAAGAAAUUACAGAAGCAAAUGGAGAAAAAAUCAAAGACAACCACCACUGCAAAAGCUAAGGUGAAAGGCCCCGUGGACGUUGAGAAACAAUGUGGUGUGCCUCUUAAGGAUGGUGGGUUCUGUGCAAGAUCUUUGACUUGUAAAACACACUCCAUGGGUGCCAAGAGAGCCGUGCUUGGUAGAUCGGCCUCCUAUGACGCGUUAUUGGCUGCUUAUCAAAGAAAGAAUCAAGUCAAGCUUUUGGCAAGUUCAGCUUUGGCACAAGCAGAAAAGGAUGAUUUAGCACAUGGGGGUUCACAAUAUUUGGAUUCAGAUGAAGAAACGUUUCAAGUCAUGGAGGGUGUUAAGGGAUCGUUUGCCAUGCCUUUGGCUACCAAUAAUAGAUUGCCAAUCAGAUCAAAAUCAAAAUAUGUCAAAAUGAGAGAAUUCUACAGUAAUGGUUUUGGUAAUGGUAGAUUAAGUAGCAGUCCAAUUAGUGGUAGAGUGGCGUAUUUCAAAAUUGAUAGCAAUGAUGAAUAUAUCAUCAAACCAAGAGUUUAUGUGACCCCUUCCAUACAACAGCAGCAACAAUAUUUGCUUCAAAAACAACAACUACUAGCACAACAGAAGCACCAACAAUACAUGCAUCAAAAACAUAUCCAAAUGCAAAAACAAAUAUUGCAGCAACAACAACAACAACAACAACAACAACAACAACAACAACAACAACAACAACAACAACAACAACAGCAAUAA